AUGGCGGCGCUGAGACGCCUGUUGAGGGCUUCCGCUCCGAUGUAUUACCAUUCUCAGUGCACAGCACAGAGGAGGCUGUUUUCCUCCCUGGCCUCGGAGGCAGAAUUGCGGUUUCCAUCGUUGCUUAAUCGCAGCCCACCCCCUGUCCGGAGGGAUCCGAAGGAGAGGAGUAUCCAGUGGGUGUUCCUGGGAUGUCCUGGCGUGGGGAAGGGUACCUACGCCAGCCGCCUCUCUCAGCUGCUCGGAGUUCCUCAUAUCGCCACUGGAGAUCUUGUUCGCGAGGAGCUCAACUCCUCUGGCCCUCUUGCCGAGGAGGUGCGGCCUCGGUUCCCUAUUUAUUUAUCCUAUCAUUUUCGAGAGUUCCGCUUUCCCUCCCUAAGCUGGAGAUCCGCUUUCGAGAUGAAGUAUACAGCAAUCUUCGUAGUUUAGGUCUGAAUUUUUUCGCUAUUUUAACCCAAUCGAUGCGUAUGCACAUCCACAUCCUUUCAUAUUCUCUCGUUGAUAGGGAUCUAAAAAUUAUCCACGCUAUAAUGUAUAUCUUGCGCUCAGCCUUCGAGGGUUAUUGCAAUGCACGUUGUACAAAAGAAAAACAGUCUGGAUUCUUCUCGAUACUCAGAGCUUCUCGAGAACUAUAGCAAUUGUUCCUUCCCAAAAAGGGAUUCAACUUGUACAUCAUUUAGAGUGGUGAAAUACAAAUUGGAGCAUCGAGUAGAGAGACUCAAAGGUCCAAGGACCACUGGGUAGCCGAUUGUGCGAUGAGAUGACCAAGGGCAGCUCGACUGUGUUGUUUUUCUUCUCAACCAAGUAUACCAAUGUAACGUACUCCAUCCUAGGACACCGUGCUGGCUUUUUGCAUGUAAACGACUCAUGUUUCAUAAGAAUUGUCGACCACAACUUAUUAUGUGGGAUAAUGCUGACCAUAUAUAGAUGUGUUAGUCAACUCCAGAUUAUUAUUUUUCUAUAAAUUUCAUUCGAUUUUUCUGCUUUUUUUAAGUUCUUUAUUCGAGAUUUGUUGCCAAAUUGUUUAUCAUAAUGGAUUUAUUUUGUCCUUCUUCAGCUCAGAGGAAUUGUGAACCAAGGAAAAUUGGUUUCAGAUGAGAUCAUAAUCAACAUAUUAUCCAAGAGACUUGAAGGAGGAGAAGCUAAGGGUGAAUCUGGAUUCAUUCUUGAUGGAUUUCCACGAACCGUAAGACAAGCGGUGAGCAGUUGAUGCAUUUUUUUGAAGAUCGGAAACAGGACUAGGCUUUCCUAUUCUCGAAAUGCAAGACCCAGAUCAUGAAUGCAUUUCGACUGUGGCUUCUACUUUGAUCUUUAUCAUGCUAUAAAGGAAUUGCUACCAGUCAUAAACAAGUUCUACCUGGGCGUUCCAGUGUCUACUCAUAAUGUCGAACUACACAGUCAUAAAUUAAGUAGCUUUUUAACUGGGAUCGCUAUCUGAACUAGAUUAUAAUUCUUCUUGGAUUGUGCCAAUCUGAUGCACACUCGUACCUGAGGUGGAGUGAUAGAGGCCUGAUUUUUGUACCCUACACAUUACCCUAUAUGUGGAUGUCUGUUUACUAUCAAUGUCCACAAGUUUUAGGUGCACGUCCUUAUCCUAUCUCCACGUCAAAGUGAGGCAUAAAGUCAAAAACCUAGCCAUUGAAUGCUGAUCCUGAUGCUGGUACGAUUUAGCAAAUCCUGAUGCCCAACAGAUAUUGGGGCACACUCAUGCCAUUUUUUUAGAUUCGCCUGGAACCAUACACGAUUUUUGUUUAUCUGUGGCUUGGUUUGAUGCAUCUGAGGUUGCCUGCUUCAAAAAUGAACUUUUUGAUUGCGGAUGUCUUCAAUAAAAUAUUCUGUGUCGGUUGUAACUCAUCAGGCGUUGAUAUUGUUUCUCCCUUUCCUUUUAACUGUUUCAUGCCAAGGAAAACCAGAUCAAAGUCGGCAUCUUGAUAAGAUGAUGGCCCACUGGAGUUCACAAGGAACUGAUUAAAACCGUCUUUUUUAUUUUAACUUGCAGGAAAUACUGGAAGGAGUUACUGAUAUAGACUUAGUGAUAAACCUAAAGCUUCGAGAGGAUAUACUAGUGGAGAAGUGCCUGGGAAGACGGAUUUGCAGCCAGUGCGGAGGAAAUUUCAAUGUUGCCUCAAUUGAAAUCAAAGGAGAAAAUGGAAGCCCCGGAAUAUACAUGGCUCCGCUCCUCCCUCCAUCAGGAUGUACAUCAAAGCUCAUCACUAGAGCUGAUGAUACUGAAGAGGUCGUGAAAGAGAGGCUCCGGAUAUACAAUGAUAUGGUAUGAUUAUGCUUUUCUUCAAUUUUCAAUAAAUUAUGUGUUUCAUAAAAAAAUAUCUUAGCGUUGAGCCAUCUUUAGAUAUAUUAUACACACAUUACUCAUUAAAAGCAUGUAUUAAAAAACGUGUCCAACUGUAUAAAGAUUGUUCGACCACGAGUAAGCCCUCACCCGUAGUCUUAGAAGCAUUUUCUAUGGGAUUCCAGAACCACCAGCCACCACGACCUAAUUCAAGAUGAGCCCACCAACUUCCUGGUGAGAAUCCGUAUGGUUAAAAACAAUUGAUAUGUCAAGAUCCAAAAUCCGAAUGGGUUCAUGGCCCUGGUCAAAGACAAAUGGGCGAGCCACCCUUAUAGCAUGUGGCUUUUUAAGAUCAUUGAAAAGCGACAUUGAUUGAAGUAGGGGAGGCCUGAAAAUGAUCACGAGUUCGUAAAGUAAAUCUAGAUUGUCAUCAUCUGUUAGGCCUCCCCUAAAAAAGUUAGUUCUAUUAUGAUGGCGCCUUAAUUUGAAUUAAGGAAAAUUCAAAUAAAUUCAAAAGACUAAAAACUGGAAAACUAAUUCGUGACGUGUUUAAGAUGCAUUUUGUUGUGGGCCAUUUUAGUUAUUGGGCCAGCUCGAACUAACAGUCUAGUCUUCGCACUUCUUGGGCUUUCAGUCUACUUGAAUUGGGCCGUGGAUGGCUAGGGCUCUGAAAGGUGGAAACCAUCUACCAUGAAGGGUUGAGUGCAACAGUCAAGUAUUCACGCUUCCUGGGCAUCCAGUCGACUUGAAUCGAGCUGUGGAUGGCCUCAUCACUCAACCCUUCACGGUAGAUGGUUUCCAACCCUUCAGGACCCUACCCAUCCAAUGCCCCUUUAGAGACGAACCACAAAACCUUCCAACUAUCAAACUUGCAGAGAACAGAGUACUAAACAUAAGUUUCUGAAAGCAUAUGUUAAUGGGAGUAGUUUGAGUGAGAAUAUACUAACCCAUUUCAACCUCUGAAGUUACCCCCCCUUGAGAAAAUCUCCGAAUCCAUCAAAAAACUGCACAAGAAGAUUCAUCUCAGUUCAAUGUGGCAAGAGGGAAGCAGUGAAUCACAUGGGUUACUGAUCUUUUGGUUGAUUCUUAGCAAACUUAUGAGGAGCAAGCAAGCAAGCUAUUGGUGAGAAGUUGCUUAAGGCUUUAAUUUUUCAUUAAGAACCAUCCAUGAAUUAGAUAGUACAAGGUGAGAGAUGCUACUGGGCCGUCUCAACAAAAAAAGUAUUCGUGCUUUAGCUAUACUACCAGAGAAAUCUCUCUGAGAUCUUUUACAGCCGAAUUUCACAUCACUCAUCGUCUAUCAGCAGUGUGAGCAAGAUUUUUAUGAGAAAUCAGGCUUCACAAUGGUCUCUACCUCUCAGAAAUCAAUGAACUCAGUUUUUUUUUUUGUCACAUUAGAAUCUCUUCCUACUCUGGUGAUGAUUCCCUUCUAAGAAAUCUCUAGUUCGGUUUUUACAAAACCUCAGCUAGCCCAUCUAUUGAUAUAAUUAGUCAGUUACCUAUUUGAUUCUGGGAGCUAUUUUUGGCAAGUUCUCUAGAUUUAUAAGACCCACCUGUUUGCUGUCAUGGUGCGGGCGCUUCCAUUCGAGUUGAUGAAAGCUUCUUUAAAUCUACUUUAACCAUUUCUGGUGGGAUGUUUCCGCAGAGUCUGCCCGUGGAGGAGUUCUAUCGCAGACGAGAAAAACUACUUGAAUUCGAUUUGCCAGGGGGGAUACCGGAAUCAUGGCCAAAGCUGCUACACGCUCUGAACCUCAACGAACAAGAUGCUAAACAAUCAGCGGCAGCUUGA